AUUUGCUUGUGUGUAUGUGUGUGAGUGUGCGUGUGUGCGUGUCUGAAACAAGUUGAUAUUAUUAUUAUUAUUUUAUUUUUUAUUUUUGCACCACAUUUUUGAAUUAAGCUCCGGAAGUAAGUGUCGGUUGAGUUGAGUCGCCACAAGGAAAAAAAAAGAAAAAAAAAAAAACAGCAGACUUUUCCAACGUAAGACUCUAAUGAACUCGAAAAUAUCAAGUUUGCUCCGUCCAGCCUUUGAAAACAAGCUACGCAGUUUUUACCUAUUUCGUUUUUUCUUUUUUUUUCAAAUCGACACCAGCUAACUCGGAGCUAAGAGGCUGCUCACGGCGGUGUUAUUUUGUUUUUUUGCUGGUUUGAAGUCAAGUGUGCCUUGUUUUAAAACGUGUAAAUGUUAGCUAAUGAAGUAACCGUCACAUAAGAGGCAGUGAUACAGACGGAGCUGAUUGUAGGGGAUAAGCCAUAAAGUACUCGAGAGAAAAUGCUAAAGACGCUCACGAAGAAGCUCAGAAGACAUUCACUCAAUGAGAUUCAUCCUUUCCAACUGAAGAUUUCUUAUCAUGGCAGUGGAGAGGGAGGGGAGAGUGAUGACUCAGAAGGGGAGAACCAGGAGCUUGCACAGAUUGACAGAGAGAGACGGAGAAAUUGUGCCCUCACCCCCUUGGCCACCAGCCAGCAGCACAACCAAGGUCCUCUCUCUCCGGCCCGGUUACGACGCCUCCGCCUCCUUUUAGAUGCCAAUCUGGACCGUCACUCUUCAGAGGAAGAACUUGAGCGAAUCAGCUGCGGUGACAACAGGAAAUGGGUGUCUGCGCUUCCCCAGCGCCACAGCGAUCACCACAGCAGCGCCUCCAGUGAUGAGGAGGUGCGGGACCUCUGUGGCUGUGGGUCGCCAGUUGCCUCCGCCAGGCCGCUGGUUGAGCCUGGUGCUUGCCUGGCCGCUUCCCCCAGUCCUGUACUCUUCAGCUCCAGCCCACCACGUAGCCUCAGGCCACCCCCUAUGCGAUUUCAGCUGCAGGUGGUACAACCAGUUGCACGGCCCAUCAUUUUGACCCACUUUGACCAGUCAGCACCUUACAGAAAGUAUCGGCACAGCUAUGGAGGGGAGCCAGGGAGACCCAGUCUGGACUUAGAAAAAAUGCAACAGAAAAUGCUGCUGAAAAAGAACUGUGGAGGGAAAACGCGGACUAUAAAGAUUCGGAACCUGACUGGCAGUCGUCCUCCGCCCAGAUAUACCUACGACCCCUCCAUCUUCGCCUUCCGCUCGCUGAGCACAGUGCCCCCCUGCAGCCCCCUCACCCCGUCUGAGGAUCCUCCCUGCUCAUAAGGAAAUUCAUGCCUCCCCUCCCGCCAGAUAAUCCUCUCUCACCGCCCCCCCCGUCUCCUCAUUCCCAGACGGCUGCUUUUUUUUUGUGGCUUCUGCAGCGAAACCAAGGAGUGACUGUUAUGAAACUGACCGCUAGAAAGACAUUAGUUUGAUGGUCGAGCUAUUGCACACUCAGGUAAUCCCACCCUGUCACUUUGAUCCUCACUCUCCAAAUCAGCAGGACCGUUUGGGGAAUUAAAAAAAAAAGGCCUAACAACGUUUUUAAGGAUCCUUCAGGUAUUGCAUAUAGUUGUCCCUGGAAAGAUCCUGUGAUUGGAGAAGGAAUGAUCAAUAAACAAACAUGGACUAGCGGACCAGGGGUGGUACAAAGGGACAACACCGACCAUUUUGAAACCUGAAUUUAGUUUUUAGGUUGGAUCAAUAUUCAAGGGAAAUAAUGCAUGUAAGACAAUCAAAUGGUUCCAGGGUUUCUUCCUUUGAUGUGAUUACUGGACAUCUUGUAAGGUUCUUGGUAACUUCAUAUACUAAACAUGGCGAGGUGAGCCAUCUGAUAUCUUGUUAUUGUUGAGAUGAACAUAGACAGUGGUCACAUUUGUCUGUCUGAAAAAAAAACUACUUCUUUGGAUGUGUUAUUGAAUACGCAGGUCAUGUGAGGUCGAGCUAUAACAAACAUAUAUGACUGUAGUUCAAUAGACGACCUUUGACCUAUGAUGAUGUACGUUUCUUAAUGAAUAUGUCACUUGUAGUCCAGGUCAAAAGUUAAGUACUUGUAUCCUCUUUCCUUGCAUGAAUUCCACUGUUUUUGCAGAAAGAGAGAUGAGUGGAAAUAAGAAAGUCUGACAAUAGUUUGCUGCACAUUUGGCAAGUGUAAAUGGUGCUGUGUUCUGCAUAGCCUACUUGUAGUGUGCCAUUUUUUUUUUUUUUUUUUUCCAAUAUUGUACCUCAUUACUUUCUAGGUAGAAGAGGACCACUGGUGUAACUAAGACAUCCCAGUGUUUCUAAAGAUCUCUUAUUGCCUUGAAAUGACAUUCCUGUUGUAUUGAACAAAACUUGAGGUAGUUCUCAGCCGUCGAAACGAGCUGACGAAUCGAUUAAACACAAUGUCACCACUGUAAGAUUUCGCCGAAGUGAAUGUAACAUUGUGACAUGUUUUCGUCCCUUGUUGCACAAAAAAUGAAUCAAUAAAUGCCCUGUGGCCUCUUGUUUAGGA